GAUAAAAUUUUGAACAUGGCUGAAACGUGUUUUCGGGAAAUUGCUCAAGUUAAACGUAAUUUACAACCCGUGGAGGAAAUUAUAAUCCCGACAGGAGCAUCACAGAGUUUGUUACAAGAUGUGAAGUUUCCAGAAUGUGCUGGAUCGUAUGCCUACAAAGAUAGCUGUAGCAUUGGCUCAUUUCUGAAUAACCAAUUUAUUACCUGGAAAGUAAGUGGAGAAGUCUUGGAGGUAUCAGAGGACUCACUCGAUUACAAUCUCAUAGGAAAUAGUAUAAAGUUCCGAUUUCAAGGCAGUCCAGUUCUUGAUGGAGUUACUAUUCAUGAAACAAACACACAUGUUGUGUUUCUGGUGGCAACAGUAUCCAGUGUUCAUCGUCUCCUGUUUCCUCAUCCAAAGAAUUUCAACCGGCAGGGACAUGGACAGAAGCAGAGUUCAGAGGCAACUAUGGCAUCUAUAUUUGUCAGCUUUACUCACUAUGAUCCUAAAGUACCUUCAAACUUUGCACAAGUUGUUCUGAGUUCAUCAGCUGGUGAGACAAACAUCCCACAUUGCUGUGCAUCAUGGCUGACUACUAAAGAUGAAGCCGUAUUUGCUUUAGGAAAAAGUACUGGUGGCAUAGUAUUAAUAACACUACCCCCGGUUGGUCUUCACGGUCUCGCAACACAUUGUGAGCUGCAACAACCCUCUGUGAUGCAUCGAUUGUGGACAGGACUGGUUCCACAGAUGAUAAGAGGGAAACCCGAGCAUUCAGAUUCUCCAAUAAGUUUGUGUGCCCAUCCAACUGGUCAGGACGUCUUGAUAUUUGCUCUGUGCAGAGAUAUUAAGUUGAGAAUAUGGUCGGCCAAAAAUCAAGAGUGUGUGAUGACGACUGAUGUUGUUAGUCAUGCUGCCGGUGAGCAUGCACUGAUGUCUGGAUCCCAAAACCACAUGUUGAGAAAAGCAUACUCACAGUCACAGAACUGUCUAUACUUGGCAGCAUUCCUGUGCUUCAAGACUCAGUGCCAGUUCAAUGUGUUUAAACCAAGCUAUAUUUCUGGGCAAUACCAGCUAGAUCUCAUUGCAACUAUAUAUGGUGCACAAGGGGACCUGAUAGAUUUUCAAUUGUCUACCACUCAUCUGUGGAGUCUGUGGGCAAACAAAGAUGGCGAUACUGUUGUAUCGUGUGCACCGCUGAAUGGCAGGACAUCUACGGAAAACAUUCAGGUGUUUCUGAACAAGACGCAGUCGAUGGUGCUGCCUGGGCAUGGUGAUGUUGCUGAGAGAUUUAUGGAAGAGAUCUUCAGGCCAGGCCAAUUCACGCAGCAGACUAUAGUGAAAGUUGUAAAUAUGACAAGACGCUUGGGUGUGACGGGGUCCACACUUGAAGCCGUGGAUGUACAAGCACUACACGAGAAGGUCUUGGCAGCUGUUGACUAUGAGGCUCGGACGUGCCAGACAGAAGACUUUGAUCUACUCGAGAAUGAGUUGUAUGAGGCACAAGCACAAGCUUGGACAAACUUCUACUCCAGCUGCAUCCAAUACAACAAAGUAGGCAUGAAGCCUCUGGGCAUUGGUUUGGAUUCUGAGACAGGCCAGAUGUUGCUACUGAACAGACAAGCAGUGUCAUACAUUCGGCCAUGCGACACACUUGAACACCUAGAUUUGGCAGAACCCGGAAACAAGUUGUAUUUCCAAUUUCUCCAGGCUAACAUGCAGAACAUAGAUACAAAUUCGUGGCAGGAUGUUGCCAUUCUCAUGGAGUGUAUGCACAUUUUUGGAAGGUUUUGUGAGCAAACGACUGAACUGUAUUCAAGCUUUGAGCAAGACAUGAAAUACAACACCAUGCCAGAGUGCAUUGCUGAUAAGAUUGUUGUUGCAGUAAUUUCCAAGAUGGAGACAGAUGGGUCUGAAGACUCUUGUCUGCACAAGUUGAGCAAGCUCAUUCAGGGCAUGUCAGAUGUGGCUGGAGCCAUUGAUACUGUGCUGGAAUUACUCGAUCUUGCACAUGGCCAUCCGGAAGGCUUGCAAGUAGAAAACACAAUUAUUGAGGUCGCGAAAAGCCACGGCACAAGGCGGCUGUUGUCCAGCCAGAGUGCUGUCAGGAUGCUCGGCAUCUGCUUCUUCCAGCUAGCCGAGACACGGUUUUCUAUCUGCAGGGACCUUCUCAUCAUGCAGGUGUUCUUGACAACGCUGGAUAACAGAUCUGGUCUGUCGUUGGAGAUGAUUAAGCGUCUGAAGUCGGAGUGCAUCAUGCGGACAGCGGUGAUGUUGCGAGCAUCGGCUGUGCUCCGAUGGAUCAGCACCACCAGUGCCGUGCCUGUGCCUAGCAGCCAGCUAGAAUCUAGUGUGAGACAACUUGGAGUACUACAGAUUACAGGAUUAAUGGAACGGUCACAAAAUAACAGAUAUGAUGAUGGCGUUACUCUGGCAGAGCUGUUCAUUGACGGUGUGGGUGGAAACAUGGCACGUGGCCUUAUGAUCCAGAAUGGCUUUCUAACAGACGAGCUGUCAUCGUCAUGGAAGCAGGCAUCCAUUCCACUGGUCACAUUCAUCAGUCAGCUUGUAUGGCCAGUGAGCAUUGGAUUUGUCUUUCCCGAGUUUCUGCUGGUAAAGUGUCAGUACUCGGCUCUGAUGGAGUACAUCAAGAUGGUGGAUAGUUGGUGUGACUGGAAUCCUGCGUCACGACACUUCCUGCUAGCCUUCUGCUAUCUGAACCUGGGUGAACCGUACAAGGCAUGUGACCUGUUCCUGAAAGCUGGAGACAGCAUUCAGAGCUACGAACCCUUCCUUAUGAGGCUUCUCGGAGAGACAGACUCUGACAGCAAGGAAUCACUAAGAGUGCUGUUUUACCUGAAGGUUACACGGCUUCUUGAAGAAUUCGACUUGCCAGACGUUGUUUUAUCGUUUGCCACUGCUGUCAUCAACUCUGCUCAAGUUGACAAUCCUAACGUGCCAACAUUGUGGUCUCUAAUCUUCAAAUAUCAUCUGGAGCUUGGCCAUUAUGAUGAGGCAUACAGUGCACUCAAUUCCAACCCAGAUGCAACAAGGCACAAGGACUGCCUGCGACAGUUCAUCAUCGUGCUGUGUGAACGCAAGGAGCUCAGCCUGCUCGUGAGCUUUCCCUACAUAGACCUACAGGCAGACGUCGUCCGAAUCCUCGAGUCCCGCUCUCGCUCUGUGCAGCUCACGACGCACAGUUACUAUGAGUUGCUCUACUCCUUCCACAUGCUAAGAGGGGACUAUCGCAAAGCUGGUAGCGUGAUGUAUGAGUAUGGGAGGAGACUCGGACAGGAGGUGGCCGGGAUGCAGGCCUUGCAGCAGCAGGUUAGGUGCUACCUGACUGCAAUGAAUGCUCUCAGGGUUGGCUCACCCGAGUAUGCAUGGAUAGUCAGGCCGGCACACAACGUCAAAAACACAAAGCAUGAACCAUCACCUUGGUCAAAAUAUGAAGAUGUUGAGGGAGAUGAGCCAAAACCAUGCUUUGAGAGUAAGGUCCAGGUGCUUGAACUAGCAGACAUAGAGAAAGAGUACCUGCUACUGAACAACAUGCUAAAGCUAAUGAUGAAAGGUGUUGACCUGUCCUCCAUAGCAGGCCGCCCUCCAACCCCAUUUGAGGUGGUCUCGAUGCUAUGCACAGCAGGCAUGUUUGACUCGGCUAUCCUGGUGUGCGAAGCUUUCCAGCUGUCCAAGGUUUCUGUGUUUGAAGCACUGACCUCUAGAUGUGUGAGGCUCUCUCAGAAUUGUGGCAACAUGGGUGACAACAACUACACAGUCGAGGCUUGGGAGUGGCUCGACAAUAAUGAGAUAGAUAUCACUCAUCCUGCCAAAGAAAUCACGUCGUCAGAACAGGCUUGGAGACUGUUGCAGAUGUACUUAGAAAAGCAUCCAGAUUACUGUGGUAGUGCUCAACUCCGGUGUAUAGCUACCCGUCUGCUGUGCCUUGGUAUAACACUACCUUCUUGGUUGUCAGCCAUCUACAAGCGAGUGAAUGCAGCAGAACUGCUGCGUCUGUACAUAGACUACGACCUAUUGACGGAUGCUGCUAGCCUUGUUAUAGAGUACAUCAAUGCUGCCCUAGGAAAUGGCAAGGAGCAUUUUAACUUAAAGACUGCACUGCACAGCACAACUCCCCCGGUAUGGCUGCCAUAUUCCGAGAUUGAUCAACUGCUAUUAGUGAUGAAAUCAGUCCAGCAUGAUGCUUUGUAUAUUAAGUUAUACGAAGACCUGAGAUUAAAACUGGCUGACUACCACCGUACUGUAGAAACAGUAUCGCAAGACUAUGUAAGAGCAGCAUCCAAACGAAAGAAUGUAGCAGAAAUCUAAUUAUGUAGUAAUUUACUAAUUACCAGGAGUGAGUAUUACAAGCUUCUUUGAUUAAGUAUAUCAAAACAGAAAAAUGAAUCUAUGUAAUGUGUGAGUGUAAUGUUGAUUUUUCCAAACACAUCAGGUUUAGGAAAACCAAUCCAGUUUAAGCAUUAUUUUCGGUUGAAUUUAGUUUGUUAUGCUACACACUGGAAUGUAUUUAAAAUGACAAGAAGAUGAAAAUGUACUUUAAGAAAAAGUAUGUUUGUUUGCACUUUUAAUAUACUGUACCUUGCAGGAGUGAUGCAAGUUUCACAAUGCCGGUUUAUUUAAAAACUACGUAUAUACUGCAAACUUGGAAUUCUAAAAUCCUUUACUUAAUGAAGAUUUAGUAUGCUGUUAUGCAGAGUGAGUGCUGAGCUGUUUUCCUGCCAUCAUGCACUUGCUGAUUGGUUGACUGGGUGUAAUUGGCAUUGCUUUGGAAAAUGCAUCACACACUGUACUGCAUUAGUAUCACACCAAGCAUUGUCAUGUGCAAACCUGCUGUUGUGUGCUAAGGACAUUCCAGUUGUUAUCCUGUUUACUGCACCCUUCUUCUACUCGUGUUUGUUAUAAUGGCUUCCAAACUUCCAGCGACCGCUUUGCCUACCCCUGCUCCACUAAUUAAGCGCAAGAGAGCCUCGAGUAAAAACUCGAGUAAAAACUCGUUUUCUGUAAAUAUUUGUGUUUAUUCUGCUGUAUUAAUAUAAUUUCAGUGUAGUUAAAAUGCAUUCGAGUCAUUAUAUUUGAUGGUGUUGCAUGCAUCCGUUUUUCCUCCAUGUUUUUAUAUAUGAUGUGUAAUUUCCGUUUAUGCAGAAUUUUCACAGAACGCAACCCUCACAUAAAUCGAAGAAUUGGUGUAUUCAAAGUUUCACUAUUGUUUUGCUUUAUGGUCUGUUAAUUAUAAUACAUCCAAACUUUCAUAGCUCGGUAGUAGAGAUAAAUGGACUAUUACUUUUAAUUACGUGUGUGCCAUAGACACGUACAAUAAUAGACUAUAAUAGACUAGUACAACUUAUGUUAUCAAUGUAAAGGCAAAAACAAAAGCGUGGGCAAAUGCAUCACUAUGCUUGCAGACGAACUGUUAAUAUGUAUCCAAUUAUUCAAGUUAAAAUCGCAAUGUAGCAUAACUAGCCAAAUUUAAACGAAAUUUAUGCAGAAAGGUAGAGUGUAGUGUUACGAAAAUGGCAAGGUAUAUUGUACCUUGGUAAGCAGCAUAGAAGAAAAGAAAAUGUAACAUGCUUUUUUUAUUACUGUAGAUUGGAUAACCUAUAGAAAACAGACAAAAAAUAUGUAUCUUAUCUCUGCUUACAUUGUAAAUAGUCGUACAGAUAGUUUAGACUAGAUAUACCUGGCUGCUAUUAUGUUAUCAGUCACAGUGAUGUUUAUGAAAGGGAAUAUGCAAAUAGAAAUGUCAAAUAUAUGACAAUGAUUCUAAAAAUAAUGACAGACGUAUUCCAUAAUAUUUUUGUAAUGUCUAAACCUGUAAGGAUUGUGAAAUUGUGCAUAGCGUGCAUUUGUGAAAAUAAAUAAUAGUGGGUACAUUUAAACAGAUAA